CGGCCGCUGAGCGCGGCGGCCCCAGCCGCCACCGAGGGUCCUGCGGCGGCCGCCCGGAGAGGAGUCGAGAAUAAUGGCUUUUUAGUGGCCCGGACCCUACAUGUUAAGUUACUCCAGCAUCUUGAUGGGUCCUGCUGGAAAGAGCUUUGUGAUGGCACAGCUGUGAGUGAAACCAGCACAACAUGUUCAGCGUGGAAGACCUCCUGAUUUCUCAUGGAUACAAAUUGUCAAAAAAUCCCCCUGUUUCCUAUGAGAACAGGUAUGAUGGAUACCGGCAUGUAAUCACAGGCAACAGAUCUGCUCAAAGAACGCUGAACGGGUUUGAAGCAGAAUCGAGAGCUGGGGCUUACAGCAAGAAACCUCUGGUGAAAACCAACUCAAGCAGCACUGAAAGCAGCCAUGGGAGCCAAGGGAGGCAAGCAGGUCCUGGUUACCACCAUGACCUUCAGGGUUUGUCCACUUUUCAUACUUCAGAAGGGGGGGUUUAUGACAGGCCUCAAUUAGCAUGGUCUUCCCAACCUAAGACUGACAAAGAUCUCACCUACUGGAGAAGACGGGGACAGGACUUCAGUGUGCUAUUGGGCUAUUCCCAGAAAGCCAGCGUGGAAAUGAAAGGCCUGGCUGCAGCGCCGGGGGCACCCCGGCACCCCAAGGAAAGUCAGCUGAAGGUGGGGAUGGGUGCAGGGUAUGUCAGAAGAAGCGGCUUGCAGGAGAGCUGCGAAGUGCCCAGCGACUGCAAAUGGCAAAGUCUGGGAAUGGAAAGCUGGAACCAGCCAAAAAAGGUAGGGAGGCAAAUGUCCGAGGGUGACAGGGAGAAGCUGCUUCAAGAGUUGUAUUCACUGACCCUGGGAGGAGACAAUGUACUGAGUGCCCACAACAAGGGGAAAUCGCAGUCAUUGCCGAGGGUCCUUUCACCUGAGAGCAUGAGGUGUGUGGAAAUGCCCUCCCUGACCAACAGUAACAACUCACUCAGCAUAACUAAAACCCCCUCCUACCCCCCAAACAGACUGAGUGUGGAACCAGCUAAGCACCAUGAACCAGGAGGCCAUUUCCAUCCCCUGGUGAAACCCAAGUAUGGGAGACCUCUGAAGCCUCCAUCCUAUGAAUUGCAGCGGCAGACUAGGGCGUCUGUAGAAACUGUGGGUUUCCAGGACCACUACCAGAAAGAUGAACCUAUCUCCUACUUAGCCAAAGUUAAUGAGCCAAGGCAAGAUGCUUGCAUUCAAGACUCUGGUUUGGAGCCCCCGGUCUAUGUACCUCCUCCUUCUUACAAAUCCCCACCUCACCAAAACACGACCCCACAUCCCCUCAAUGAAGUGCCUAACACUGACACGUAUGCCAGCAGCGAUCAGCAGGGUCCUGCAGAGCGGGUUGUCCCCUGCCAACGACCAGCCAUGAAUACUUCUGAAACUGGAGGUGACCCUUGCAAAGACAACCAUCUUCCUCAUGGGAAGCAAAGCCAUGCAAGGCGCCCUGCCGACUACCUGCGUUCUGUUCAGUAUAUUCCCUUUGAUGAUCCUCGGAUACGACAUAUUAAAAUUGCACCACCCGAAGGUCUGCAGGACAAUGCUAAAUACACUGAAAAUGCAUGUAGUCCCAGUUCUGGUGCUUCGCAAGACAGAGAUCUUGAAAUACAGUACAACAGUGCCUUUUUGGAUGCAUCAAACUUGUCCAGUUCUGCAAAGGGAGAAAGAACUUCCAACAGCUCCACCCAUUGCAACAGAUGGUUGGCACCAUCCAUCCGAGAUCAAGAAAAUUGUGCCUUGCUGGACCAAAGAGACAGUUGUAGCACAACUAAUCACAGCCCCCGUAACAAAGCCAGUGCAGAGUACACAAAAGGCAAACUUUCUGUAAGAAAUUCACAUAUGGACAGCACCUGUGAAACUGUUACAAAAGUGAAAAAGUUUGAACCUGGAACUGGGAUGCAGAGCAAAAAAAGUUCAAAGAAAAAAAUGAAUGAAACUAUAUUUUGUUUGGUCUCUAUCCCAGUUAAAUCAGAAUCCAAUCUGCCAGAUACAGAUAGGAACAACAACAUAACCCAGAGCCCUGAUAAGAAUGGGUUUGAUAACAAUGGGGCUUUGCAAGAACAAAGUCUUUUAAGUAUGUCUUCAACAGACUUGGAGUUACAAGCGCUUACAGGAAGCAUGACCAAUAAAAAUGAGUUACAAAAACAAGAGCUGUGGAGACCAGAGGAGUUCAAACAAAUGAAUGACCUCAGAUUUAUUCAGCCUACAAAACACAGAGAGCUCAAAUACUCUGGCUCCUGGCCAGGUGAUCAGUACAAAGACCAGCAGACACAGACCACUUUUGCCGAAGAACCUAAAAGCCCACAGUUUUUCCAUGGUACAAAGCCUGGGGAGCCCAAUAGUAACAAACUGCUGUCUCCAAAGCUCCUAGGAUGUACAGCAUCCACGAUAGGGUCAAAACAGACAGGGUUACCUUCUGAUGAGAGAAGCUGCAGGCAGAGUGCUUGUGGUAUAAAGGGUCAGAUGUACUUCAGCCAGUCUAGCAACAGUGCAUUUUCCAGGACUGCCACCUUGGUCUUUCAGGCCCCUUCCCCAAAAGCCCACCAGAGCCAGGCCGUGCCUGCCCAGGAGAGGGAAACCAGCCUUCUUUCCAAGGGAGAUGUAGUUAAAGGAGAAGCUGGCACUCCCUGCAACAGUAAAGAGCUGUUUGGGCAGUUCCUGUUGAAGCCUGUAAGUCGCCGUCCCUGGGAUGCAAUAAGUGAGCUAGAAAGUUUUAACAAGGAGCUGCAAGGGCAGGAGGAGAGCACAAGCAGUGAAGAAGAUUUGGAAAGUGCUGCGACUUCUCCACAGGCAGAUACCCUUAUGCAGAGGAGGGCAGCCAGAAAUGAGAAGUCAAACCAGGAACCAAAACACAGUGGGAAACUGGAAAUGGUUGUACCAGAGGUGCCUGUAUUUAAGUCAGGAAGAGUUAAAAGUAAGUCUGAAAGUUGGAGUGUGGGGACAGAGCAUGGUGGUGAGCUGGACUGCAUUGGCUCUCAAGGCUCCUCACAGCCAGAAGGGAGCAGUGAAGGAGUCAGGCCAGCAGAUGGAAGUCUGAUAACAGAAAUGAAGAUGGGGGAAGCCAAGAGCAGAACAAGCAAGCAGUCAGUUCACGUGGGCCCUCUCGAGAGAGUUUUGUCCAGUAGCCCAAGCACUUCGUGUCACAGUAAUCCUUUCAAUAACCCUGUCUUGCAGGAGAUGAGCAAAGACCAAAAUUACCUAGAUUUUGUUAAACUGAGCAAAGGUGCAACUCCAACGAAUGAUACGGUAUUAGAGAGAGGCUCUGUAGUACGCUUGUCACUAACAAAGAGGAGCCAAGGGCACUCUGAGCCAGAUUUGAGGUCAGUGGGACUUGAUGUAGCCCCAGGAUCUGGUGCUAACAAUUCUGAUCACUCUUCAAAUGCAAAUGCAGUGGAAAUCCCUGUGAAUGAGUCAUUGCAGGCAAGAGCUGCAAGAAUUUUAGGUAUAGAUAUAGCAGUGGAGUCUCUCCUUCCGGAUGACCAUGCUGGGCCCUGUACAGGUACUAGCCCUGCAAAUGGUGCCCAGGACACUGGGUCAUCAGUGGGGAUGAGCACAGUAAGUGACAAAGAAGGAAAAAAAGAGAGUUCUUAUGAAGGCAGACGGAAGUGUGGCUGGACAGAGAGCACUCUCUUUGUCAGAGCAGGAGGCCAGCCUUUAUACCCUGAUGAAUGCCUGACCACUCACCAGGAAGCCAGCACUAAAACACUUGUAACUGAGCAAGUUCUUGAACAACCUGCAAGUCCCAGCCAAGGUGAGGACCAAAACUUGGUUUGCAAGUCAGCUGUGUAUCAGCAUUCAGAAAAGAGAGUGAGAAGCACCUCAAAAGUGAUAGAGACGCUCCAAGGCAAGCUCACUUCUCCACCUAGUCGGACUGCCAUGGAUCGCUUAGUGCGAAUGAAAGAAGUUGACUCUGUGUCCCGGAUGAGACGUCUGAGCAUUAAGAGUGCAGACUCGGGAGAGGAGGUGGAUGAGGAGAAACUGUCAAGGGCACAAGAGGAGAGAGGAAGCAAACUGACAAGCUCAGGGGCGGUUUCCAAGCGUGUUAUCUCUCUCAGUGAAAAUGGAUAUUUAGGUGGAAUGGACAAGAAGAAGAUCAACAAAGAUUUUUCUUUAGAUACGUAUGACCCCACCAAAGUUGAAAAGGUGUGAGAUGAAAGAAGAGAGAAUGGAGAGAUUUCUGCUCUACUAAGAAUGUUUCACUGAUUAUUUUUUUUUCUGGGUGCUUUUUCUGUGUUUUUUGUUCUUUGAUGCUUGGAAAUUGCCUCUAUUUGUGGUGUUCAUGGUGUACUGAUAAUGCCUUUACCACUGCCACUAGGAAUUAGCUAUUUGUAUCUGAAACUAUUGCGGAGACCACAGAAAAUCUGACUUCUACAUUGGAACCAUCUGGCUUUUUAGUGUUAAGACUUAAUACCUACCAUUGGCAAGAAGUUUUUAUCUGAACUCUAUUUCAGUCUUUAGCGGGGACGAUGAAAUGCAUGAAGUGAGGCUUUUGAGCUUUCUCUUUUGUAUAAAUGUAAACGUGAGAGAUUAAUGAAAUGAUUUUUAAAAGAAUGUGAAUUUAUAAGCUAAACUUCUAGGUAUCUACAGUCUAAACUUUGUUUAACUUAAGGGAUUUCUGGCCAUAAGUAGAAAGUGCUGCUGCACUACAUGGGGGACAAAAUGCAAGAGAAUGGUAGCGAAGACUGAUUGUGAAGUUAUUUCUGACUUCCAGAGCUAGAAUUUACUCAGAUUAAAUAAUUACUUGCCACCUAGAGAAAAGCAAAACCCCCAAAGCUUCUAAAAGAUGGAAGACUUUUGUAGUACAGUGUACAGAACGUGUAAUUAUAGUAGCUGGCAACUAGUGUUUCAAACCAAUGCAAAGUAUACCACUGGCUGUUUUGCACUCAGUAUUACCUAUUUUUGUUUUGCUGUUUAGAAAUUCUUUAUAUGAAAGAAUAGUAGCUGGUUUAAAAUAGCCCAUUUUAACAAAGUAACUAUAUUUCUUGUUACAGAAUACUAUCUAUUUUUCUACGAUGUAAACAAUUGCUAACAAGUGGCAAGUAUAAAGAAGUAUUGUUAUGGUUAUUAUUAUUAUUAUUAUUAUAAUAUUUUAAGAAGACUUAUCCCUCUGAGUGAAGGUGCCCCUAGGAGAUUUCACUUGUAUAUCUUAAUGCACACAAUGUAUUGCCACAUACUCAGUAGUGCUACCUUAUUUUGUUCUGAAAAGAGUCAUCUAUGUAUAUGUAUGUACUACAGGGUUAAUGUCUGUUUUUCUCCACUCAACCCUCAGAUCAUUCUUCUUGGAGCCACUUUCUGAAGCACAGCUGAGAACUGUCUGGGCUGGUGUUGUUGCCAUUACAUUCCAGUGAUGGUGAUUAACAAAAAGUGGGUUGGGGUCUUUGUCCCGGUGUCUCUUCGUGGCUUAGAUAAAAUUCCUAGUUUCUUUCUUUUAAUCUGUUCCCUUUUACAGAUUAUGGGUUUGGAUUAGGCCAGUGUAUAAAAAUAAACAAAACUGGGUUUAAUUCUUCCCUGAAGUCAACUGAUGUUCCUGGGGAGGAGUUCAGGUGUCUUCUUGACAGCAUUUAAAUACCUGACUUUAAGUAUAUUUUAUCUGCACACACAAAUGCAUGAGUUAAAGAAUUUAUAAUAAAGCCUAUACAUUCUGCUCUUUGAUACCGAAUUAACCUGCAUAGUAUCUGUGUCUUUAAAGCCUUUAUGUCCACUCCUGUGUGUUUUUUUGUAAGUACCUAUGUACUAAUAUUCUUCUGAUGACUUGUUCAUGUACUUCACUUCUCUAUUCUACUGGCCUUUUCUGGUUUUUAGCAUAAUUUUAUUUUUUAAAUUCUUCCAAUUUCUUGAAAUAUUUUUUUCCUAAGUCUGUAAUUUGGAAAGAACGACAGGGAAAAACACUCAUCCUGUGUUUUGGCAGCAAGAAUUUCUUGUCUGUAACACAUGAUUCUGUUACAUAUGGACUAUUUAAAGCUUGUUUGAAAAGAAAAUGUGGUGUAUAAUUCAUUUUAUUAACUCUUGUGCAUGCUGUGUAGCUAUACAUGUUGAAAAACUGUUUCCACCAGUCUUGCUAUAUCCACCUUUCUUCAUCACCAUCUAGGGCAUCUGGGGGCUAGCAAAUAGCUACAAAACAUGUUUCACCCUCCCCAAUUCUACCCAUAAAAAACUAGUUCUGAAAUAGAACUACUUCAGCUCUUAUCAUCCCACUUACUCGUAAAGCUGAAAUGCCUAACAAUAACUUGAAAGUUUUAAUUUAUCCUUGAUUUCUAAAGAACUAUAAAUUGUCUAUUGAACCACCACCUUCAGUUCGUGCCUCUGUGGAGUAAGUUUCCCAUGCAAUCCAUUUUCUUCUGAUGGGGAGGAGGUUAAUUGAUUAUGCAACAUGUCUGUUUCAUCAGUCAUGUCAAGUAAUUACUUUUCCAAUGCACAUAAACAGCCAAGAUAGAAAGAAAGAAAGGAAAGAAAGAAAGAAAGAAAGAAAAGAAAAAGCAGCAAUACUGUGGGGAAGGUUUUAUUGGCCAAGAAUGAGAAAUUAAAACCUAGAAAGUUAGUAAGCUUUGUUUUGCAGUAGUGUGUGACUGACCAGUGGAUGAAAGCCUGAAGUUAGUACUGCUUUAAAAAUGGUGUAUUCCUCUAACAACACUGGUUGUUCUGUUUGAUACUAUGAUACAGACAACUAAGAAGUACACGGAGUACAGCUUUGUGAACGAUCGUGCUUCAGUGUUUCUACAGUACCUGCGCCAUAAUUAAAAUGUCAGCUACGGAAUGGGCUGGAUGGUACCAUAGUCGAACACCCUUCCAGAUACCUUUUGGCAGUUGUGAACAGCAAUUAACAGUAAGCUCUUUUUACACCAGAUGUAGUUAAAAAAACAGUAGAUGGUGACUUUCAGUGCCUGUCUCAAUGGGUGCAUAAAAAUGUCAUGGCAACAGCUGUCACUGGUAAUGGCAACGGCAGGAGCCCAGGGCUGAGCGGAUGCCGAGGAGGAAGAUGCGGCGGUGUGAGGAGGAGGAUGUGGCAGUGUUUCCAGUGCCUCCUGCAACGCGGUCGUGUGGCUGCAGAGCCGCAGUGAAGAACUGUGCAUUUACCUUCGUUCUCAGGAGGAAGAGCAAAGCUAGAACCUCACAAAUCACGUUGUUACAAGCUGCUGUGUAUCCAGCUUGUGCUGUUGUUGCACCGCUGCUGCUGGGGAUGAUGGGGUUGGAUGGCAAGUUAUCAAAGGGCUUCCUUAGGAAGAUACUGGUUUCAUGGGCGUUCCCAGAAAUUCGUGCAAAAACCCCGUGCCUGGCUUAUACAUUUCUAAAAUGUUUAAUGGGAGACCCCUCGGGAGACGGAUAGCUAAAUAGGGCCUGCCACCUCCUUGUAUUUACCCGGCUGAAACCCAGAAUGGACGGUCAGCCCACGGGGCAGGGGCACUGGCAGCAGCUGGCGGCAGCGCUGAGGUUUCUUCCUUCCUGGAAGAUUUCCAGGAAGCUUCCUGGAAGAUAAACGACGAACACAAAGUUUCAGGCUCUUCUGUCCGAGGAAGAAGAGUCACUCAGAGCCUGGGGGCUCCCGAGCGGUCCGAGCGCAGCCCCGGCGGGGGCGGUGGGGCGGGCCGGCCCCGGGGGUGCGGCCGUUCCAAGGCGAAGCGCUCCCUCGUGCGGCUCCCUCGGCGGCAGCCGCAGGUCUGUUCCCGUCAGGAAUCGCUGCUGUCGACCCCGCUCCAGCCUCGUCGCUGGAGGCACUUUGAACUGGGCAGAAGCGCGGUCUGGGCAGCUCCUCAGCGCGAGUUUCAAACGCCACUGCCGUCGCAGCUGAACAGGGUGGGAGGGGGAAGGCAACGGCGGGAAAUCCCGGCGAACGACUCAAGACCGGUAACGGAAACGCCUGGCCAUAUGCCUGGCUUAAGCAUCCCCUGUCAGCUACUGGCUCAAGAAGCCUUCCCCAGGCAUAAGAAGGGCUGCUGCAUUUCAUACCGCAGGUUCUACAGCAGGUCGGUCUUCACUGCGACUGUAUCAGGUAUCGAAGCCAUUGAGCUUCCUUGACUCGCUUUGUGAUGUUGGGAGCAAAUAGUCCAUACACUGAAACACCCGAUAGCUCUCGAAAAACAUGAAGGACAGCACAUGCUUAAAGUGCUAAGGUGACAGAAUUAAUCUGUCACCUUUAGAAAAUUACCAGUCCCAUCAAGCUUAUUUACAUAUAAAUAUUGGCAUUUAGUAAAAUAUUUCUGUUUGUCUAAUAUCAUAAAUCAAUAUUAAUAUCUAGGGUCAACAUUCUGUUGCCUUUGCCACAUGGACACCCAGCUGAUUGUAGUUUUAUAACACUCGGCCUUCUCUUUGGGUUAAAAAGCUGAUAUUUCCUUCACUGCCCCUUUUCAAACUAGUGAAGUGAUUGGCAGAAAAGCAGAAGUGAAAUAUUCUUGCAUUUUAAACGACAGAAGUUCUUGCAGUUGCAAAGUGGGCACUUUUGUCCACGUUCAAGAUCUGAUAGAAACAAGCGAAUGUGAGAAGUGAAUCUUUACUUGGCAGGAACCCUCAGCACAAAGAAGAGAGACAAAACCAUGUUAAAAGGAAUGGAAAGGAUUGACAGCUUGUCAGCCUUUUGAAUGUUUUCUGUAAAGCUGUCAUUUUGGAGGACAUUGGUAUUCUCUUGGUUGAGGAUCAAACAAUCCCCUAAUUUCCCUCCGCUGGCAAUAAGCCACAAUGCUGCCAUCCUAAUUUAGUGGAGUGAGAUAUAAUUACAAGUGAAGACUACAAAGUUUAAACUCCUAUUCUUCUGCAUAAUCCAAAUAAAAUAUCAAGCUGAAGAUUUCAUGAGAUGAUGACUAUAUCAUUGAAUGUAUUAGAAAAGUUGAGAAAUUCUGAUUUAAUUCUUAUUCAAACUUGCGCGAAAAUGCUCACUGCACCUCCCCCUGGGACUAAACGAAAGCUGUUUACCAUCAACUCUAUUUUUAAAGAAAAAAAUGUUUCAAACAAAGAAAAAGGGAAAUCCUGAUAUCAAUAGCAAAACCCAAAACCGCAAUGCUACCUCCCACCCAUGCUGAAAAAUAUGCUUGCAAUAUGGCUUGCAGAGCUGCACAGCAGGGAGAGGGUGAAGGGAACUUAGUUCAGAAUUGACCGACACAUGGCUGAGAUUAGAAAUAAAAAUGAAAUUUCCCAGCCAAGAGAAACUGCAAUAACACACAGAUUAUAAAAUGAAGGAGGAACUUUCCACCCUCAACAGCAGCAAUCUCAGCCUUCUUUCAAGCUCUGGACCAGCAGAGAAAAUAAUCAGAACCAUUCCAAAAGCCAUUCCUAACCUGGAAGGAAAACAAGGAGAUAUAUGUGUUAGACAGUAGUAUAUCAGUAUCCUUGUGUCUUUGUCCUUAUACAAUGCAGAUAAUUCUCCACGCUGACUUUCAUGAUACUGUGGCUUAUCUCCAAAACUAAUACUAUGUCAUUGCCAUGGUUUCCUGCUCUAACUAGCCCAAGGGCUGAUUUAGAGGGAUAAAAAGAGAUAAAAUAGGGGUAAGCAAUGACAAUACUAUUUAUAUAUCAGAAGAUUAAUGUGUUUUAAGAAUUUCCUUUGUAUUUUUUUCUGCACAAUGCAAAUACUGUGUUUCUGGGCUUAUGUGUAAACUGGAGGGGCGCUGUUAUUCAGGAGAAAACAUUCUCCAAAUAAAGAUUUUGCAUGGAUACA